AUCUUUUAUUUUAUUAUUUGAAGUGGUUUCAUCUUUGCUAUUCUGCAACAUUUUUCCUAGAGGCCAGGACAAUUUGUAGACAAAAUAAUUCGUUCGGGUCCGAUAACAAAAGAAACAUCUGCACCGCCGGGUGUGAGACAAUAAUCGAAACUUUUGUUUGCUAGUCCUGAAUGGCGUUCAGAUCCUGAAGAGCUGAGGCUUGUGAAUUUUUUUCUGAUUUAAUUGAUUCUGACCAUCGUGUAUUUUGGAUCACAUAGUUAUGAUGAUGAAUAGAUUUGUGUGACCGAGUGGAUCUCAACCAGUCUCUCCCGCGCCAUAGACUCAGUGCUAAGAUGGCUUCCUCGUUUGACAACGUGCUCUUGUCAACAUUCACCGAUAAACAGCAUUUUGAACUAGUAUCAAAUUAUCCAUUUAGGAUACGUUUGUCGACGAAGGAAGGAGAAGUUCAUGUUGAUUUUUUUAAUGGUGAUACACAUUCAAGAACUGUGGCUGUCAACAAAUCAACAGAAUGUGCAAGACUUGGAAAGCAGGGCUUUGUCAUCACUAAUGAUUUGGGAUCCAUUAUGUUGUGGUUUAACAGCAUUCAUGAUGUGAAAGCUUUUAAAUCAACAAUCAAACAGCUUAGAGAAGGAACAAAAUCUGUCUUUUCUGACAGAACUGAAGAGUCAUCUGCUGUGCAAUAUUUUCAGUUUUAUGGAUAUCUCUCCCAACAACAAAACAUGAUGCAAGACUAUAUACGAACAUCCACAUACCAGAGAGCUAUGCUUGCCAAUUUAUCUGAUUUCCAUGACAAGGUUGUGCUUGAUGUUGGUGCUGGCUCUGGGAUCCUGUCCUUCUUUGCUAUUCAGGCUGGUGCCCGCAGAGUGUAUGCCAUUGAGGCCAGUAGCAUGGCCAAUCAUUGUGAGACCCUGGUAAAAGAGAAUAGCCUGGAUGGUCAGAUCAUCGUCAUUCCAGGCAAAGUUGAGGAAGUUGAUAUUCCUGAGCAGGUUGACACCAUCAUUUCUGAGCCUAUGGGUUACAUGCUCUUCAACGAACGCAUGCUUGAGUCGUAUCUCCAUGCCAAGAAAUGGCUCAAGCCUGGCGGCAAGAUGUACCCAUCACAAGGAGAUCUCCAUAUAGCACCGUUUACAGAUGAAGCACUUUACAUGGAACAGUACACAAAAGCAAAUUUCUGGUACCAAGAGUCAUUUCAUGGUGUGAACUUAUGCUCCCUGCGCAAUGCAGCUGUCUCAGAAUAUUUUAAGCAGCCUAUUGUGGACACAUUUGACAUUCGCAUCUGCCUAGCCAAGUCCAACAAGUUUGUCAUUGACUUCCAGACAGCAGAUGAAAAAGAUCUGCAUGUCAUAGACAUUCCUUUGACUUUCAGUAUGAUGCAAGGGGGCAUGAUCCAUGGCUUGGCUUUCUGGUUUGAGGUCGGCUUUCUGGGCACUGACUAUGCAGUUUGGCUGUCAACAUCCCCUACGGAGCCCCUUACCCACUGGUACCAGGUGCGGUGCUUGGUGGAAACACCAGUGCUGGUCAAGCAGGGUCAGACUUUAACUGGUCAUGUGCGCUUGCGCUGUAACACUAGGCAAAGCUAUGAUGUGGAUAUCGAAAUCAACAUUCCAGGCACUUCAGCAAAGUCCUGCAAUACCCUUGACCUUAAGAAUCCUUUCUUCCGUUACACGGGACAGGCACCGCAGCCACCACCUGGCACUAAUUCUGGUUCUGCUACAGAGCAGUACUGGAACAACUUGGCAGCAGACUUUGAGUCUGGCAUGUCGCUGUAUGCAGGUCAGACGCAGACUUACGUUAACGGAUUCAUGAACGGCAGUGUGGUGGACCUGACGCAGACCGUGCAGCAGCCACCACCACCACAGCAACCACAACAGCAGCCGCAGCAGCAGGGCAUCAUCCAGAACAACUUGAUUGCUGUCUCCAGUGUAGCUCCUAUUAACCCAGGAAGUAUACCCAGUGUUGGACCUUUGGGUAAUAAUGCCAAUGCAAAUGCCAAUCGCACCUCCAUUGGUGGUGGAAUCAGCCCAGUCAACUUCAACAGCACUCAGAAUGUUAUCUGUGGUGGCAUGGGACAUUACCCUGUGAGCAAUCAGUUCAUGAUUGGUGAUUAUGUCAUGCCAGGGACUGUUCUGGUGCAGCAACAAGGGCAGCAGCCACUGAAAAAACAGGACAUUUCUUAAUUACUGAUUCUUCUGCAUCGACUACCAGGACUAGAAACCACCUGAAGUAAAGCCAGGAGCUUAGGAAGUCCUGCUCACCAGACUGUGUAAUUAUGCAACCUGGUACUAGCUUCCCUUAUAUGGAAACUCGUGACAUGUGGCUUUCCUUGCGUCUUAUGUUCAAAGAUUAUUUUGGAGACAGUGUUGGCAGUGAUGACAUACAGUCCUGGCUGACUUAUUUUUGCCACUAUGUGACAAUGCUGCAUUGGUCAAUCAAGUGCCAAGAGAUAUAUUGGAGGCUGUUGACAAUGUACAAACAACAAAAUAGCACCAUCCGCUGCAUACUUGGUUGAGUUUGGGAACUGUUGAAGCAGACCCUCUGCAGUCAUGGAAAGGACAUGAGCAAUCUUGGAAAUUAAUCCUAGUAUCUCAGUAAUUUGGGUAGAAAUGUUGUCUUUGGCAACCAUGGUAUGAUUUAUCAGUUAUUUAAUGCCUUAGUAAUUGGAAUGUCUGACAAAGAAAUUAUAAAUAGUAUGGUAGUUGGUGUUUUGCAAAAAUGGUGUCCUACGGGAGGUGGUCACUUUUGGUCUGCUUAAUAAACUUGUAGGAGGAAAGGUAUUUUGCUCAUAGAUGUCAAUUGCUAGAAUGUUCGUUAAACAGAGGAAUGUCCUGCCGCUGAAAGAAUUUUCUCUUUGCUUUUGCAAAGUUGCAAUGCAGAUUUUUCUGCAAUUGAUUGUGCCACAAGGUUUAGCAGAUAGUGUACCAUGAAUGGUUGGGCUGAUGAUGUAAGAUACCUAACCAUACCCAGGAUUUUUUUACUUUUUUUCCCCCGGUAAUUGUGGAUAAGUAGGUAGAAACUGAUCAUGGCAUUAAAACUGGAUCAGUCAUUGUAUUCUGACCCAGUUCUAAAAUAAAAGCAUUUGUUUAUAUGUUGUGA